AUGGCCGAGGCGGACCCCCAGCAGCAGCAGGCGGACCGCGGGGCGGGGAGCCUGCCCGGCCUGCUCCUCCCCGGGCUGCAGGGCGCCGAGGCCAGUGCUCUGCAGCUCAGGAUCAAGAACUCCAUCUGCAAAUCUGUUCAAUCAAAAGUGGAAAACAUUCUGCAAGAUGUCGAGAAGUUCUCCGACAUUGAAAAACUCUACCUCUACCUUAAGUUGCCUUCUGGUCCGAGCAGCUGCAGCAGCAUUGAGAAGAGUGACCAGAGCGCCCUCUCUUCAAGCCGCACUCAGCAGAUGCAUGCGUUCAACUGGAUCCGCAAUCACUUAGAGGAAUACCCGGAGACAUCUCUCCCCAAACAGGAAGUCUAUGAUGAAUACAAGAGCUUCUGUGACAAUCUCAACUACCACCCGCUGAGCGCUGCAGACUUUGGAAAAAUGAUGAAAAACGUCUUCCCAAACAUGAAGGCGCGUCGACUUGGCAUGAGAGGAAAAUCAAAAUAUUGCUAUAGUGGAUUAAGGAAGAGACCCUUUGUUCACAUGCCAUCGUUACCUGCUCUGGAUCUCCAUAAAUCACCAGAAGGGCUGCAGUGUGAUGUCCUGGAGUCACCAGGUCAGCUCAGCAGCAUCAAGGAGGAGGUUCGGUUUGCAGCCUGUGACCUGGUGUGUGAGUGGGCCCAGAAGGUGCUGAAACGCCAGUUUGAUGCCGUGGAGGAUCUGGCCCGCUUCCUCAUCGACAGCCACUACAUCAGCAACAAGUCUCUGGCAGCUCUCACCAUUGUGACCGGCACAGCCACAGAGGUUAAGACUCCACAGUCUGCAUCAGCUUUCAUCCCCACUGCUGAGGCGCACUCCUUCCAGCCUCACGUGACGAACCUGUCGUCACCUUCUGUCGAUGCGAAGCAGCAGCUCCAGAGGAAGAUCCAGAGAAAACAACAGGAACAGAAGCUGAACUCUCCUUUACCCGGAGAGGGACAAACCAAGAGGUCAGAUGAAAGUGUGCCUUCCGGUAGCCCCCCACCUCCGUCACCUCAGCCAACCAUAGGCAUUGUGGUCGCUGCCGUCUCCAGCCCCAUCACGGUUCAGAGAAGUGGGCAGCUGAUGUCCCCAAGUCCGGUGGGAACAGUUGAGAGCAAAGUGCUGCCCUUCAACUUCCAAAUGGUGACGCAGCCGAUGACACGGAGCCCAAAGACCCUGCAAAAUAUUCUGCCCAGUCCAACAGGAGAACGCACGGCUCGGCAGCGCUACGCUCAAAUCCUGCCCAAACCUUUGGCCACGACAUCUAUCACUUUGCACUCCCCCUCUGCCAUGAUCAUUGCCAACAGCCCAAUUAAAACUGUGAUGACCACGUGUCAUGUCAGCCCAGUCAGUUUGGUCAAGAUGACGGCCAUAUCGUUGGCACCAAACAGCAGCACCACCACCACGACCUUCACAAACGCGACCCUGCGGUCAGCAUCUGCAGGGAUCAGCACUUCCUCUGUUGCUGAAGACAUCAGCUCUAAUCAAACCACGAGAAGCGCUUCUGCUGUCCCAAUGCUGGCCCCGGUGGCCUGGCAAGGGCAGACAGCUGCCGCUCACAGCAUCGAUGUUGAAAUGGAAGUCGAAGCAAUACAUCAAAACAGCCAAAUGCUAAAUCCUAGCAGUCUCAUUUUGACUCAAGGGGCAAUGGCAAAUAGAAGCAUAGGGGCUGUACAGAGGGCCGCCAGUGUUCCUAUUCCUCAGACGAAAGGCUUCCUGGUUCUGGAAGAAACAUCUCUCACUAAAUGCGAUGGAAAGUCCUCCUUGUGCACUUACGCUACGGCAGAAGUCGAAAGCAGCUAUAGAAGCGCCAACAAUACAAGCACUUCUCACUUAACUCCCUCCCCUCAGAAUACCAGCACUGUUUCGUUACUGAACACCAGCGGAGCACCUUCGUGUCGGGAGAGCUGUGGUGUGACACCAACGAAGGAAAGUUUCCUGUCCACCAAAAGCCUCAGGAAACGCUCAAGCGUCAGUCCAGAGCCUUCCCCAGUCAAGAGGGUUUUUAUGCCCCAGCAGCCUGUAGGGGGCACUGCUGCUCUUGGAUAUGGCAUCAGAAAGCCAGUCGGUUAUUUCUCAAGGCUGGGAGCUCCGACUCGACCCGAAAGUGCACCGGCCACCAGGGAGGUGGAAGUGAGAAUGAACUCUGUCUCGACCACUCCAGUCCAUUCACUCUGCACUUCUUCUUUCAGACCCAGUGGCUUUUACUCUGUUGCCAACACACAGAGCUCAAUCCAGAGGAAAAACACCACCACUGUUUUGGAAAAUAGCAGCUCAGUCAGUCACGCAUUAACACAGCAACAGCAGGGGCACACAGUGGCUAAUGUGCAUGUCAUACCUAAUAACCCCAGCUUCCAGCAGCACUCAGGUGAUGGGAGGAUCUCAAACUCCACCACAGGAAUCCUGCAAGGAGCUCAGCAGCAAAGCUACACUCAGUCCAACCCUGCCACCGAAACCUUAGAGUUUUUGAGUCAAGAGUCAUCGUCCAAUCAUCUCCCCAUGCAGACAGAUAUGGACUACUUCCCCUUCGAUGACGAUGUGACUCAGGACAGCAUCGUGGAGGAGUUGGUGCAGAUGGAGGAGCAGAUGAAGCUCAACAGCCUGCGUGGGUUCGGAGUCACAAUGCAAGGCAAGCAGCACGCGGUGCCGGACAACGUUAUGUCCACUAAUCAGUCAAUGACUGCUUUCUAUCACGCUGCCAACCACAGCGGCAACCCAAUCCAUACACCAACCCCGACACCCACUCCCACACCCACGUCAGAGAUGAUGGGAGGAGCUCAAAGCUUCACCGGCGAGAGUCCCUGCUCCCACAUCGCGUCCACACCCCCCGUGGACAGCGCGCUGGGAAGCAGUCGUCACACCCCACUCGGUACUCCACACUCCAGCUGCAGCAGCAAUGUGCCACCCAGUCCGGUGGAGUGCAGGAAUCCGUUUGCUUUCACACCCAUUAACUCCAGCAUUACUGGUUUCCAUGACUGCAGCACUGUCUCCAGCAGCCCCGUCAAGCCCAUGCAGAGGCCGAUGGCCACCCACCCAGACAAGACCAGGCUGGAGUGGAUGAAUAACAGUUACAACAGCAGCAGUGAGAGUUUAAUCAAGUCAAACAGUGGAAUGGGAAUACUCCCCGGUUAUCAAGGCCUGAUAGAUGACCAUUUUCAAAAACCUCAUGCCUUCGCUGUCCCUCAUGCGCGGUACCACGACAGCAGCUUCGGCCGCUUGACUCCCAUCUCGCCUGUGCAGCAGCAGGUAGCUAACAUGGCUAACAUGACCAAGCAGGAGGGUUUCGCUGUACCCGCCCCACUGGAUAAUAAAAACACCAACGUACCCACUACAAAUUUCCGGUGUCGCAGCGUGAGCCCCGCGGUGCAUCAGAGGAACUUCUGCGGAAACAGCGCCCAUCCCAACGUCCUUCGUUCAGUGGUGUCUCCCUAUAAUUCUCCUGUGACUCCUGAGAUGUUGAACAUCUUUGCAAACAGCCAGACUAAUCUUGGGGUGAGCAGCAUGGCCCAGCGGAGCCGCUCCGUGCCGCUCAACAUCAUGAUGCAAACUGAGGUCCGUCCCAUGGCAGGCCAACAAUGCAACAACAAAAACCUUGGCAGUGUCCUUCUGAGCAAGCUGGACAGUGACAACGAUGAUGCUCUGCGGGGUAUAGGCCUCAGUCAUUUACCCUCCAGCUACACUGCGCGCAUGAACCUCACUCAGAUCCUGGAGUCUGACCCCAGCCUCUCCUGCGCUGACAACCACCUCAGCAUGAUGACCUGUGACACCACCAGCCCCUGCAAGCUGCAGAGGCCAGAUUACCUGAUCGAAAGUGCCAUUAAUGAACCAAUGCAUUUCUCUGCAAGUGAGAGCCUAGUACAAUCUGCCUCUAGACAGCAUCAGCAGGCCCAGUCUAUGAUGUUAACUCUGAACCAACAGCAGCAGCGAGAAGAACUGCAUCAGCAUCAGCACCUGGACUUCAGCAGCACCGUCAACGACCUCCUGACAGACCACAGCCUCGCUGCCGGUGGUCACCUCGUCGAACAGGCGUCAGUGCUGACUACAGGCGGAGCAGACUUCCCAUGUGAAAUCCGAAUGACGUCUGAGUUCUCCAGUAGCAUCAACGACCUCAAUGCAUUGGAUUCAAACCUUCUGUUUGACCCCAACCAGCAGCAAGGGCAAUAUCAAAACACUGCCCCAGAGGAGUUGGUGAAUGAUCCGCUGUUUCAGCACAUCAGCAGCGAGACGGCUCAUUCGAGUGGACUUGACUGGCUGGAAAGCAAAGAUCAAACAACUGUUGGAUUGAUGGGUUGAGAACUGAGCUUUUUUUGUAAAUCUUAUCAUUUUAACUUGGAGUUGCUGUUUGUUUGUACUUGUUUUCAGGCAUUUACACCUAAAAUGGAACAAUGGACACAGUGAGGUUUGUCCAGUUUAAGUGCCAGGCUUAACUGCAAAGAUGCUGCAACACACUGAUCAAAAUGCAAAUCACAGAACAUCACUUUAUACUGUUGUAUUAAGUGCAAGAAAAACUGUGGUUCCUGAGCACACCUAAUCCUAAUUCUGUUCUAUAAUGGUGUGUUUGAGGUUUCACGAAAGAGUCACCUCUUAAAAGAUCAACAUAACAGAGCCAAGAAUUAUGCAAGAAAUAGUAUCUGAGAAAAAUGUAAUCAUCAAACAGUCGUCAGUCUGCUCUCAGUGCAGCUGAAAAAGAUCAAAACAAUCAGACGUGAAAAAUAUACAAACAUUUAAUAGAAAAAAAAAAUUAUGACAAUAAUGCAGCCAAAUGCAUCCAUGUAAAUCCAUUAACUAUAUUAUUAUGGUCAGCCAUCACCCGUAAUUGAUAUUAUGCUAAAAAGUCUGCUUGGAGCUUAUAACAGAAUCAGAUUUAACAUAUCCUCAUUUCUCAAACUUGGAUAUGCUUUUUUAUUAUCACAGAUUUUGAGCCUUGUCCGAAUCAGACUAAGUUUUACUUGAUGUCAAUACUAAUAAUAAUUGGCCUCUGUGUGCACAUUGCUUUAUUAAUAUGUCAUAUUUUUUGCAAAAUUUGAAUGAAAUUGUCUUGAAGAUAUUUAUAAAGCUCUAAUGAAUCCCUUUAAUUUAUAUGCAAAUCUUUUGAUAAUUGUUUUUUAUAGAUAUAUUUCCAAAUAUCAGCAAUACACUUUAUGCAAAAAAAAACAACAGAUUAAUGUCAAAGAAAAACAAAAGUUGUCAAGUGUGGAAACAUUAAGCCGAGAGGGAAAGCCUCUGACUUGCAAUGAGGUCCUAAAAAUAGCUUUAAUUAUGGAUCUUUACAGAUGGCAUGUGUAUGGUCAAAUUGAGAUGGAUUAUGUGAUAUCUUCAACAUGUAGAGAACGAUGAGGCCUCAACCACUCGGAGAAAGGGAAACCACGUACCUAAGACUUCACCUAAAGCCCUUGACUGAGGGUUCCUGCACUUUGAAAGUAUGAAUCUUGUGUUAAAAUAAGAAUUAUUGGAAUUUUUAAAUAAAAAUGAAAUAAUAGCCAUUUUUCUUAGAGCUGAACUUAUUCACACAGUGUGCCAAUAGCUAUUUGAAUAAGUAGGUUAAAAAAGAAAAAAGAAAGUUAAAGAAACUCUAACUACUAACUCAUCGUACUGCACUGACAAUCUGCAAUACUUGAGAUUCUUUAGAAAAAUGCACUGUGUUUGGUUUGGAUGAAUAUCGUCACUGCCUGUAGCAGAACAGCUUCUUACAGUGGUGAAGAGUUGUGUCUGAAGAAGGGAUGCAACCAGCGAUUUAAAGGUGCUUCUGCGGGUUUUUGGAUCCUGAGCCUUAAGUCCAUCCAUACCAAAGACUACUUUUCAAAUAUAACCUGCAAUAACAUGUACUAACAUCUCUGGUGUCUGUUACUAAGUGAAAAACUGGGGAUAUUUGCAG